AGGCUGUCAAAAAAGAAAAAGAAAAAAAGAAGCAGCGGAUGAGCUAACGCUCGGCAACACACCCGAAAAAUAACGCUCGCCGCUAUUGAGAGGCCUUGUUUUGCUGGACAACUUUUCUUUUUUUUUUUUUUAAACUGAUGUCCAUGACGGCUUUUUCGUGACGGAUAUAUACAUCCACCCUUAUUUAUAUACAGUAUAUUUACACACACACGCAGAUUGGAAAAGAUGGACGACAUCGACGCCAUGUUCAGCGACCUGCUGGGCGAGAUGGACCUCCUGACGCAGAGUUUGGGACAAGAAUCAGCGCCGCCCCCCUCAUCUCCACCCGAAGCCGAGCAAGAAGUCAACCUCUCCAUCGGCUUCACGGACCUCAAUGCGUCUCUGAAUGAGCUGGAGGACAACGACUUGGAUGCUCUGAUGGCCGACUUGGUGGCCGACCUCAACGCCACAGAGGAGAAGCUGGCGGCCGAGAUUGGGGGUCUGAAGGAGCCUCAGCCCGAGCCUUUUCCGCCUCCGAGCGUCGGCCCCGCCUCCUCAAACCCUCCGCUCUCCAGCGACUCGUCCACCGCCUUCCCCUCGUCCACCGCGUCCACUUUACCGCCUCCACCCCCGCAAUCUAGCAAACCUACGAUGGAGGAGAUUGAAGCUCAGAUUAAGGCAGACAAAAUCAAGCUGGCUCUGGAGAAGCUCAAAGAAGCAAAAGUGAAAAAGCUCGUGGUGAAGGUGUGCAUGAACGACGGCAGCUCCAAAACGUUGAUGGUGGAUGAGAGGCAGAACGUCAGAGAGGUGCUGGACAACCUCUGCGAGAAGACGCACUGCGACUACAACGUAGACUGGAGCCUAUACGAGACCAACCCAGAACUGCAGCUUGAGAGGACCUUUGAGGAUCACGAACACCUUGUAGAGCCCCUCCUGGCUUGGACCAGGGACAGCGAGAACCAAAUCCUCUUUCAGGAGAGUUCAGACAAGUAUGAAGUCUUCAAAAACCCGCAGAAAUUCUACUUGUGGAAGAAGGACAAGAAGGUGCUGAAAGACAUGAAGGACAAAGACAAGGAGAUUUUGAUCAAGGAGAACUUCUGUGGGACGUCCAUUAUGGUGCCCGACUUAGAAGGGGUCCUGCACCUCAAAGAGGAUGGCAAGAAGUCGUGGAAGCCCCGCCUCUUCCAGCUCAGAGCCUCCGGAAUUUAUUACGUGCCCAAAGGCAAGACCAAGUCGUCUCGUGACCUGGUGUGCUUCGUGCAGUUCGACAACGUCAACGUUUACUACGGAAAAGACUUCCGAGCAAAGCAUAAAGCGCCCAGUGACUUUUGCUUUGUGCUCAAACAUCCGCAGAUCCAGAAGGACUCUGAGUACAUUAAGUAUUUGUGCUGCGACGACGCCUGGACCAUGAACCUGUGGGUCACUGGAAUACGCAUUGCAAAGUACGGCUCCAACUUGUUUGAAAACUUCAAAACAGCCGAGAAGAAGGCGGCCGUCGGUUCCGCGUGGGCAAGCUGCAGCGUUACGUCAGGCCAAAAACAAUCGCAAAGCCAGGUCGCCAACGGCCACGCAAACAACAUGUCACCUUCUCCUCCUCCUCCUCCACCCCCACAAGGCGAAGACUUCCCCCCACCACCGCCUCCUCCUCCUCAACUUGGCCAUACCCUCCCCCCAGCACCUCCCCCUCUUGCCGCAACACUCCCGCCACCCCCUCACCCACUUGGUGGAACCUUCCCCCCUCCUCCUCCUCUUGGCGCAACCCUACCGCCACCCCCUCCCCCACUUGGCGCAACCCUACCGCCACCCCCUCCCCCACUUGGCGGAAGCCUACCCCCACCACCUCCCCCACUUAUCGGAACUCAACCCCCUCCGCCGCCUCCUCCUCCUCCUCUACCAGCUCCCAACUGUGCAUUCGCUUGUCCUCCUCUUCCAAACAAAUCUUCCCCCAAACCUGCCCCCCAAACACGACGUCCAACGACUAAACUCCCGCUGCCUCCCCGGGCCGCAGAUAACCUUCCCCCUCCGCCUCCCCCUCCGCCACCCGUCGACGACUCCCCGCCGGACUUCCUCCCUCCACCUCCUCCGGCGGCCAACUUUGGCUCGCAUCCACCUCCUCCGCCACCUGUGAAGACCCUACCGCCUCCCCCGCCUCACAUGAAAACCCUACCGCCUGCUCGUCCAAGUUUCAAGAGCACGAACCUGCCGCCGCCACCUCCCGAUCCGGGAUUUUUACCGCCUCCGCUCACGGGGGUGCCGCCUCCACCACCACCUCCUCCGCCCCCUCCCACAAUGGCUGCCGCUGCCCCACAAAGGGCUCCGGUGAGGCCUUCUGGGUCGUUGAAAAAGAUGCCGCCACCUCCGCCUAAGAGGUCUACGCCUUCUCUUCAUGGAAGAAGAGAUGGCGAUAGAAGAGAUGGCGAUAGAGGAGAUGGCGAUGGAGGAGGUGGCGGUGACUUUAUGUCAGAACUGAUGCGCGCCAUGCAAAAGAAGCGUGACCCCCAUUAAGUUUACAGUUUGAAAUUUGAAGCCAACAUUGUGUGCAAGAGGUGUAUAUAUAUUCUGGCAUCAGGUUUACAUGCAUGUAAGUAGUCUUAAAAAUAAAAUGCUGAAUCUAAAAAACUGUAAAUAAAGUUAUAUUUGGUGAUGACUAAAAUCCUGAAAAAAUGUGAAUAGCUAAUGAAAAUGGCACCAGUCAAAGCAUUUGGUAGCAGCUACGUAUCUAAAAAAUAUUAGGUGUUUACGUAAAUUUUUUUACUAAAUACUGUACAUAAGCAAAAAAUAGAUAUUAGACCGGAAUGUAAAUUAGAAAAAUGACACAUAAAGCAAAGAUAACAAAAUACUAGACACCCCAAAUUUCUUUUCAGCCACUGAACCUUUGACACCAAGUUUUUUUUUAAUUGGGAAUUCAGCCGGAAAAAAAAGUGUAAUACAGUACUGUACUCAUAUGUAUUUAGGGAAAAAAUGGACAAAAAAAUAAAUAGACACAGCGAUGACGUUAAAUUGUAUUUUUUUUUUCACCUGCAUACUGCAUACUGCGACUCAUGAGGAGCAGCUGACUUUCAAUUGGUGGGCCCACCAGGGAGGUUUGUCUGCAUAGCCCGCCUGCUCUGCUGCCUCUUGUGUCAGGAAAGGCUGCCUCAGAAUGUCAUAAAGCA